AUGAGUGGUGUAUUUCUCGCCAGUUAUGAUGAGGACACCGAAUACCAGCUUGAUAUCAUAAAAAAACUGGGGAGAUUUAUGUGGGAAUGGUUCCACCACCCCAAGAAGCAGAAUGAGAACCCGAAAAAGAUGUGUUGGAUACUUGUGUUAAAAAUGAUCCUGUUAGGAACCUAUUUUACUGAGCAAGUUCCUUUUCAACACGUAUUAUUACAUGGUCUAAUUCGGGAUAAAGAUGGGAAAAAAAUGUCUAAAUCAUUAGGUAACGGAGUUGAACCAGACGAAUUAAUAGCAAAAUAUGGUUGUGAUAGUUUACGGCUUUUUUUGUUAGAAAAUAAUAUUUGA